CGAAUCGGCAGGGGCUGAAGCGAGAUAAGACAGAUAAGCACGCAACCUUUUGGCCUGGCCAGGCUGGAAGCGUCCACGGGGUUAUUGCGACACUGCGACACCGCGACACCUCAGCCAGCUCAGCAAAGCUCAGCGCCAACCCUCCACUAACUUUAGUCUCACCUAUCAAUUCUUCCUACUCUUGACCGACGACCGCACUCGAUUACCUUUUCAUACUCCAUUCGUUCCCAAUCUUUAUGUUCGGCAUGCAAAGUACGACAUAUUAACGACGUAGUCCGUUUGUUUUUUCCGUCCUCGUACGGCUUACCGUCUCAUAUCGUAACCUCCGAUUUUGUCAGCAUCUACUUUGAUAUACCUCUAUCUCUCCCUAUCUCGCUCAUAACUUAUCGCCGCUCAUAGCCUCAUCUUUCAUUCUUCGCUUCGCUUCGCUUCUCUUUUCUUUCUCGUUCCUUUUGUUGAACCCCAAGUUGGGGAAAGAGACAUGAUACCUUAACAACUAAUCAAAUUCAUUUACCUCCCUGUUUAAAAAUGACGCUGUCGGAUCAAGUCUACAAUGCUCGCAUCGUGUCGAGCGUUGCCGCGACUAUCAUCUCUCUAGCUUGUGGUACAAAUUAUGUCUAUUCAGCAUGGGCUCCCCAAUUUGCGGACAAGUUACUCUUGUCUGCUACAGAGAGCAACUUAAUCGGAAUGGCGGGUAACUUGGGCAUGUAUUCCAUGGGAGUACCCGUAGGUUUAUUCGUCGAUAGUAAAGGACCUCGGCCUGCCGUUAUGGUGGGAGCUUUUCUACUCGGCCUAGGUUACGUUCCGCUUCAUCAAGCAUACGAUGCUGGCCAUGGAUCCGUCGCUUGGAUGUGUUUUGUGUCGUAUCUAACCGGCCUCGGCGGUUGUAUGGCAUUUGCCGCCGCCGUGAAGACUUCGGCUUUAAACUGGCCACACCAUCGCGGCACCGCGACCGCAUUCCCUCUCGCCGCCUUUGGUCUAAGCGCGUUCUUCUUUUCCCUUAUCGGCUCCGUAUUAUUCCCCGGCAGCCCUAGCAAAUUCUUGAUGUUGCUUGCAUACGGCACUUUCGGAUUGACUUUUAUCGGAUUCUUUUUCCUGCGUGUGCUUCCACCACAUUCGCCAUACCAUGCGGUGCCUGACGCAGAGCCAGGUAUCACAGACUCUCGAGAGUUACACCGCACCACGUCGGCCGAAUCAAAAGGCCGCGGGAACCCAUCUGAACCUGGUAUGUCGCCCAACAUUACUGACACCAACAAUAAUACCAUCACCACAAAAUCCAAUAAAACCACCCCAGAAACCUCAAAGCGAGAGGACGAGGCGGGAGAUACUCGAAAAUCCCCGAAUUCCAAAGGACACAGCCCAGCGGUUGAGGCAGACGCCGAGGAUGCGGCGUCAGGCACCCGGGACGGUGCCGAUGAGACGUCUUCGCUCCUGUCCCAGUCUACCUUGUCCUCCUCCCUGCCAGGUGAAGUCUUAGUGCAGAGCAGUGUUGAUAUGGAUCGUUCUCACCGUGUAGAUAUUCGUGGCUUCAACCUUCUGAAGAAUAUCGAGUUCUGGCAGCUGUUUACCAUCAUGGGCAUCCUCUCCGGUAUCGGCCUCAUGACUAUCAAUAAUAUUGGAAACGACGUCACGGCGCUCUGGAAGCACUAUGACGAUUCUAUCGACGACAAGACACUCGUCCUGCGCCAGCAGCUACACGUGUCCAUCCUGUCUAUCGGUAGCUUCUCUGGCCGCCUACUCAGCGGUGUGGGAUCUGACUUCCUCGUUAAGGUCUUACACGCGAGUCGCGUGUGGUGCCUCGUAAUCGCCUCGGGUAUUUUCUCCAUCGCCCAGCUCUGCGCCCUCAACAUGACCAACCCUCACCUCCUCGGCUUCGUAUCCGGUUUUAGCGGUCUUGGCUAUGGUUUCCUGUUUGGCGUAUUCCCGUCCAUUGUCGCCGAGUCCUUCGGUAUCCACGGCUUAUCGCAGAACUGGGGCUUCAUGACUCUUUCACCCGUUAUCAGUAGCAACAUCUUCAACCUAUUCUACGGAACCGUGUUCGACGGACAUUCCGUCGUUGAGAGCGAUGGGACUAGGUCCUGCGACGAUGGACUUGAGUGCUACCGCGCCGCAUACUUUGUUACCCUCGGUGCAUGUGGUCUUGGUUUUGUGGUAACCCUCUGGGUUAUCUGGCACCAGCGACGAGCUAGACUCGCGGAGUCCGCUGGGAAGAGCAUUGCAAGGGAGUAACAUGAAGCGAUAUACUAGUAUCAUACUAUACUAUACAAUACCAUAUUAUAACAUGUAUAUGUGUAAAGAGUAUGUAAGGUGGGAGGGGCAGGCUACCUAAUUAUCUCACAACGGGUUUGGGGUAAGAGAUUUAUUCGGAAAUCUGCAGGCACGGACAUAACUUUACAUACAUACCAUUACCUGAUCUCGGUGGCGUUAUUUUGUUAAAUCUUUUGGGUUAGGGAUCAGGUUAUAUAGAGGAGGGUAUGGUACGUGCCUAUAUAGAUAGAUUGAGGAAAUAGACUUUGGUAUGAAUCUGACCGUCG